AUGGACGAGCGGACUCAGACGGCACAGGAGCUGCGAAGGCUGGCGGACCAGCUGGACGCCGGUUCUGACUUCGGCGAUGAGUGGCUGGCAGCGGCCCAGCGGGCGGUGCACGGCUGUUGGCGCGGCCGAGACUUCCCCGCGGGCUGCCGGGCGCUGUUGGACCUGCUUCAGCGCCCGGCGGCCGGCGGUGCUGUGGAAGUGCAGCUGGCGAAGCCCAACGAUGAGAGCACCGUGGUGGGGGUGAUCCUUUGUGCCGGUGUGCCGGAGGCGGUGGUGAAGUAUCGUGGCGAUUCUCCGGCCAAAGCUUUCCGGGAGGAGUGCCACUACGUUUUCGCGGAGCAACUGGGGCUUGGCCAAGUCGUUGCGCCGUGUGUCGCCAUGGAGUUGACGCUGCUUGGAGCCCACAGCUUCCCGCCAUCUGGGGGCAGCUUGGACAACUGCGUGCUGGAGCUGCUGCGGAAGCACACGGCGGCCUGGCAUGCGGCGCAGGAGAACCCCAGCAGCGACACCUGGCCCACCCAUGUGUGGGUCACCAUUGAGAAAUGCGUCCGCUUGAGCACCAGCUCGGAGCCGGCCAAAGACGCGCAGCGUUUGACCAACGUCUUCGGGUGUAUCGAUUUGAUGCAAGCGUACGCCUCAACCCCUGACGGGCGGGACUGUGGCGAAGAUGCGCUUCUCAGGGACUGGUACCGAGAGGAGCCUUCAGAUGCCGACUUCUACCAGGUGCUGUCACGGUUGGAUGUGGAGUGCGUGCAUCAGCUAUGCAUCCUCGCCACCAUCACGCUGCAGAGAGACGGCGGGCCGUCGAACCUGAUGUUGCGGCAGAAGGAGAAUGAGGAGAAGUCCAUAGAACUGGUGAGCAUCGACGCCACCCGGGUCUUGAAUGCCUACCCUCAAGAGAGCCUCGUGCUGCGGGAGAAGGCGGAAAAGAUCGGGCCCUUCACCUACUGGUACCCCGCAUGCAUCGAGCUGCCCCAGGCUGUGGAGCCUAUAGCGCCUGCAGUGGCCGACGCCGUGUUGGCGCUGGACGCCGGGGAGGUCCAAACGCGCCUGGCACGGCGAUUGCUCGCCGCGGGCGUCGGCAGCAGUGGCGCCUUCGUACGGGCGGAGGCGGAGGCGCAAGCAGCCGGCGCACGGCUCAGGCAGAUGCAGCAGAUCCUUUCCACCGGCCGCCCCGCUGCCAGAGAGCUGUGCUUCCGAGUAGUACCGAUCUGGCAGGCGGACUACUGGGCCCCGAGCCGGCGCAUCAUGGUGCCCUUCCGCCAGAUUGAGGCGCACAUGCGCAGCGGCGGCACGGCAGAGAGUUGGGAGCGGCGGUGCCUGCAGCGAUGCCCUGGCGACGCGAGAGCCCACACCCAGGGGGAGCAGAGCAGAAUCGCCCGGGAGUUCUUGUGA